UUCUCAAGAAACUAGAAAAUGGAUCCAGCAGAACGCCAAGCUCUACACAAUGUUAAAGAGGAACUACAGAAUUGUGCAGUAAUCACAGACAAGAUGCUCGUUCACUUCCUACAGAACCAAAAAAUCACAAAGGCUGAAAAAUAUGAACUCUCAAGACUGGGUGCCAACUGCCAAAGAGUAAAAAGAAUAUUGCAAAUCAUGAAAAAUCGAAAGGAGCCUUUGAAAACUCUAACCGAGACACUUCUUCUUGAUGUGAAAAAUGACUACAUUGUUCAGAAACUGAGGAAGAAAGUUCGGUUCUGCCGUAAACGCCUCCAAGCUCAGGAAAACCAGACAUCCUCUUAUUUUGGACAGUUAGAUGAUGUGGCAGAUAUUCUUUACACACGUGGAUAUUUAACAAUAUAUGGAGAAUCCAGAAAAGUUACAGCAGGGACAAGCCACCAAGCUCUCGUGGAAGACAUUAACAAAUUUGUUGGCGAUAUCACUAAAUGUCGACAGAGUUUGGAGCCUUCCAGCGAGAGACAAAGUUUUCAAGAAAUUAUUGCCGAGUACAAAGAAAAGAAGCACCAGGAAAUUGAAAAUGCAAAACUGGUGUGUGCCAAACUUGUGAAAAGCAAAAACAGUGACCUGGAAGAAAAACAGAAGAACAUCAAAGACUUACAAGAUGAACUUAUGAAGCUGAAAGUUGAGAAUGAAUCCAUGCGGAAGAAAAUGGGAAUAGAAAUCAAAACCAAAGUACAGGAGAAUGUAGAUCGCCUUCUUAUGCUUCCCCGUCUGUCUCCCACAGAUCCAGUUCCUUAUGUCGAAACCGAGGAAGACAUUUUGGACAGGAAAUUACGGCAGCGUUCCCCUGUAAAACGCCCCGAGCCUCAGGAACAUUCUCUUUCGGACUCUGAGUCUGAUUGUGAGUCUGACAGUGAUGUUCCUGCAUCAAAUAAAAUGACAACUUCCACGACUCAAAAAGGAUCAAAAAUUGUCCAUAACUACAACAUCUACAACAACCAUAUGUACAGUGACACAAAAAUUUAUCAAAAUUAGAUCAAACUUUGUAGUGAAUCUUAGUUAGAAAACUGUUG